AUGCUUCCCACUCCCGACGACGACACCAGGUUCGCAGCCACCGCCUCCGACGACCUCGACUCGACUCCGCCGACUCGACUCUACCGCCUCGAUGCUGCCCCCUCCACCGCCAGGCUCGACCACACCACGACCCUGCCCGGUGCCGACGACGGUCCCAGGCUCGACACGUUGGGUCCCCACCACGCCGCCGCCUCCACCCUGCCGCCUCCACCGCCGGUCCCUUGCCUCGACAACGGCGCGUCGCCCGAGGUCUCCUCGUCAACAACCCUGGCCUCCUCACCCCAGCCUCCUCACUCGACGACGCCUCCUCACCUUUUCAUCCACCCCGCCUGCUCCUCGACAACAACAGCGCCCGCUCGACACGACGGCCUUGACGACGACACCGAGGCCUCCGCGAUGCCGCCUGCACGCUCGGUCCCGAUGACCCCAGGCGUGCAGCAGCCUUCUCGAUCCUGCCAGCUCUUCACGCUGCCGCCUGCACGCCGUCUCUACAUGCCAGGUCCCGACCACCUCACCGCCUGGGCCUUGCCUCCCCGUGCACACCACCGAGAUCGUCAACGGCGAGGCCUCGACGGCCCUGCCUCCUCGCCAACACGGCGUCGCCGCCUUCCCCUCGCCGCCUUCUCCUCGCUUCCAACGGUGGCUCCCCGAGGACGCGGUGUUGCCCGGUGUCUCGUCAUGCACAACCGCGGCCUCGUGAACCGCGGCGUCGAGGACGUGCUUAUGACGACAGCCUCGUCGCCGUCUCUACCACAUGUGGGGCCGCCAACACAGGGGUCUGGCAGGGCCCUGAUGUGGCGUCCGCCGGGCGCGGACCCCUCCUGA